AGGAGCCAAUUUCAUUGCUCUGCAGCUUCUGUGGGCAAAGCCUCGCACCCAUGCAUUAGCUGUUUAACAACUGACGAAGCAGAUAGGAGUAGUUCAAAAUUUUCAAUCCAAGUUUUUGCUAUCUCAGGCUUCUCAUCUGCUGUCUGCUGUUAAGGUGGUGCCAAGAUCUUGAACCGAUGGGUUAGAUUCAUCAGAUUUGCAGCUGAUGAAGAUUUAUCCCGAGUAAUUUUCAGCAUAUGAAGAUUUAUUAAGUUCCGCUGCUGCUUUUCUCUCUCGGUCUUGGGCGGAGGAAUUCAUCAUGAGUACUAGUCACCAGUUGAUGAUUGGUUAAGUUUGCUGCUGCUUUUCUUUCUUGGUCUUUCAAAGAUCAUGAGUUCUGUUCGAUCCACGGUGGUGCUGAGAUCUUGAACCGACGGGUUAGACUGAUGGAAUUUGCAGAGCAGAUCUUCUCUCUUGGUCUCCAAGGAGUAUUUCAUCCUGAGUAGUUCUCCUCAGUUGAACAUUGAUUUGAGUCUUUCGGUUGCUUCUCCCUCGCUCUCUCUCAUGGUCUUAAACGAGGAAUUCAUCACGUCUCCCCAAUAGAUGAAGAUUGGAUCGUGCACUCUUUAGUUGGUUCACUUGGCUGCUGCUGUCUGAAGCUUCUGGGUGCAAAGCCUCCUACUCCUGCAGUCGUAUCUUGCAUUUCUGCUCCGGUUUUGGGGUGGAUAUCAGCAGCCAUAGUAGAAGGAAAAGAUUGGAGUACUUCGGAAAUUUCAGUGUAAUACUUGUGUUUCGGCAAGCUGCUGUUAUCGGCCGUCAAGGGGGUUAGGCGAGAGAUCUUCCGACCAAUGGGUUAGACUGGUUGAAUUUGAUCGAGUCCUCACCGGUUGAGAUUGAUUGAUUUAAUUUGCAAUAGAUUUUCUCCAUUGGUCAUUAGCAGAGGAAUUCGUCAUGCGUAGUCCUCUUCCAUGGCGGCUCGGCCCCAAAGAUGUUGACGGCGCCACAGAGACAAUAAAUCUUAUUCUGGGUAACUUUAAAGUCAUAUAUUUUGAUGGUUGGAAUGGAUUUGGAGCAUCCUCUGUUCUUAGAUCCAUAGCUGCAAUGCUUCCAUCUAGGAGAACCCCUCCGGAACAAGUCUUCGACAAAAAAAUUCUUAUAGAUUGCUCAAAGUGGAAAAAUAAAAGAGGAGUGCAGAGGGCAAUUGCAAAGGAACUGCAACUUGAUCGCUCUAUAAUGGCUAUUCUAGAUGAGCAAGAUGAAGAUGAUGAUUUUUGGGGACGUGAUGAAAGCUCAAGGUGUGAGAUAGAUAGUGUUAGUCAAGUGAUUGAUAGGACCCUGAGGGAUAUCAAACUUAUGAUGAUUUUUCUUAAUGGGAGUGAUGAUGAGGUUGACGUAGGUCCCAUGGGUAUUCCUCUACCAAGAUAUGGCGACAACAGGGUGAUAUGGACCUUCAGCGGAAGCUACAUGUCCAUGCAUCAUAACCAAUCCAAGGUGGCAAGCAAGCUAAGAUCUACUGAGUUUUUUUUCUAUUGCUCUAUCGAAGAAUUGACAAGCUCACAGUUUCGUGGAUUGCUACAUCAACAAGCUGGUAGCAUAGUUGCUCGCAACCCAUGUAGGCUGGACAUUGACCAAACAAUUAUUGCAGAUUGCUGUCUCUACGAGUUAUUCCUACACUAUAAUUUCCACACCGUCACUAAAUUUGAUUGGGUUUCUCAUGCUUCUAACUAUUGGAUAUGCGAUGGGAUCAUACAAUGGGAAAGAGCAAGGGAUAUUAGUAAUGCAUUGCAUCUAGAGAUAAAUUGGAAGUGUGACGCUUCUCUGCUAGAUCAUGUUCUUAAAAUGUUCAUGGAACAUUCAGAGUCUCCUUUUCUGGCAAUUAAAGAUGACGAUCUCUAUGAAGAAGGCCCAUAUCGUUGGAUUUCGGUCACGUCGAGAGAUGCAGAAGUACAUGGGAUGAAAGCAAUACCUGCAGAGGCGUCAUCUUUCUUCUUGGCAUUUGAAAUAUCCAAUCCCCCAAGAGCUUUGCCAGGUGAAUUUUUUGAUUAUUGCAGCAAGCUUGGCGUUCUAACACUCUAUUGUUGUGCGUUCAAUUUUGCUUCACCUUCUUUCCUGAAGUGUCAUGGUCUAAGAUUCCUUGGACUGGACCACUGUACAGAUGACAAAACUAUUGGAGGAGAGAAUCAUGCAGUUUGGUUAUGUCUGAGUAGCUUGUGGGUGUUGGACCUGCGUUACACCGAUUGGAAUGAAAUCUUAUCCAAGGAAAUGUUAAAUCUCAUGAAAAAUAUCAGAGAGUUAAAUAUAGAGGGAGUCAGGGGCUGGCAAUACACUACUGAUCUACAAGGGCGAUUACCUAACCUCCAGAGGCUCAGAAUAAUCAAACCGACGUGUCAAUGGGAGACCUCAGAGGAUGUCAAUAACUCCUCUACGGAUAAGAAAAGUAUGGAAAUACUUGACUUGUCUGGCAAUUGUGACAUGAAAAUUCUUCCACCAAGCCUAUCGAAGGCAACUAGCCUCCGGUUGCUUGUACUUGAUGGUUGUGAUGGACUGGAAAGCAUUGGUAGGCUCCCUCCCUCCCUUGAAUCAUUUAGCUUUAAUGGAUAUGGGCCAGCUUCUCAAUGGACAGAAACUGCUGAGCUACCUUCAAAACAAUUUCGUCCAUCCAGCAGAACAGAUAAUAAGGAUGUCAGAAUAUCCAAGAUCUCCUUAGCAGGCUGCACCCAGUUGGAGAAUUUGUAUUUGUGUGGGCUACCCAACCUGGUGGAAUUGGACCUCUCUGGAACAUCAAUCAAGAUACUUGACUUCGAGACUAUGGUGGUGCAAAUCCCAAGGCUCAAGCGGCUGUUUCUAAUAGGAUGCAAGCACCUUCGUGCAAUAACCUUUUCGCACGAGAGUGUUCCUGACCUGGAGUUGCUGUGCGUAGACACGCGAGCUGGAAUCGUGUGUCCUCUUCGGCCAUCCAUCAGUAAAAACAAACCCACCAGGUUGCAGGUGCAUGGUGUUGUUGUAGAUGCAAGGCUUACUCACUCCUUGUCGAAUCUGAUCUUUAAUUAUAGACAAGGUGGUGUCCACUUUAAUAUCCACGUCACAUCCUCACCUAUGUAUGACGGGAUUAUUCAAUUUGAAGCAACCAACAAGGAUAUGAUUGGCCCCAGUGAUCAAGAGAGCCUGCAGCUUAUUCCAACGGGCCGGUACAGUGAUGUCCUUGGGAUGGUUGGCGUUGUCCCAAUGCAGGCCUUUCCACAGCCUCCGACUACAAAGUUUGAUCGACAUGUAGAGAUUGCUGAUGGGAGCUUCUACGUGGAGAGAGAACUUGGCGAAGCACUAGGCCAACUGAUGGGAAAUCAUGCGGAAUCCCUGCAUGUGCAUGAUAUCUUGGUACGUGCUAUUAUGCCUAAAUACAGUUCGUGGGUGCUUAGGUGGUGCUGCGUGGAGAGGUGCCCAAAAGUGGAUACCGUCUUCCCUGGGAAUUCAUUCGAGUUUACUGCAUUGGAGACCUUCUGGGUGUCAGAUCUCAUGAUGGCCCGCUCGAUUUUGAGUAAAGGUUCACGCUUUAAUGGAUAUGGUGAGAUUGGAUCCUUCAAAAGUUUACAGCACCUUCAGCUGCGUUCAUGCCCCAGCCUCCAAUUUGUGCUCCCGGUGUGGGUCUCCUCCUUCCCCAGCUUGGUGACCCUCCAUAUCAUCCACUGCGGCAACCUCAGCCACGUCUUCGUACUGGACGAAGAGUACCCUGAAGAAAUAACCACCCUUGGUGUACUAUUCCCGAAGCUGACAACCAUCGAUUUGCAUGACCUGCCGAAGCUGGAGAACAUAUGCGAGGUCCAGAUGGUGGCCCCUGCGCUCGAGAGCAUCAAGAUCAGGGGAUGCUGGAGCCUGCGCCGGCUGCCAUCUGUGGGUGCGCAUGGCAAUGGCAAGAAGAAGCCGGCCAUUGAGAUCGAGAAGGACGUGUGGGACGCCUUGGAGUGGGACGCCCGCCACCGCCCUGUCCACUUCCAGGCGCCGGUCCACUCGCGCUACUACAAGGAGAAGCUGCCCAGGGUCUCCGUCCUUAGGUGAACUCUACACUCUGCUGUGUGCUCCGUUGCUACAUGAAAGUGAUGGACGUUGCUGGAUCAUGCGUUUGGUUUGCUUUGUGUGCUUUGUGUGCUUAUGGUGGCUCUCACCGUUUAUUAUAUUGUGGAUUUCAAACAGGAGACUUGCUGUGGACGGUGUGCGUGCGCGUGGUUUGAAAUUGGAGCGGCUUGCUGUGGACGCCUGCUAUGCGUGUGUGUUUGAGGAAUUGUCACAGCUGCCUAUGUCUAUCUGUGCCUGCGUGUAUCUACAAGGCUAGCUUGCUUGUGAGUGUGAAUUGUUUGAGAGUGUUUGCCAUGUAU